AAAUUCUCGCUUAAGUGCCGACAGUGCAUAUCGACAAACCUAAAAAAAGAAGUGCAUCUGGCUUCAGCGCCUGACAUGGGCAGCGAACUGUACCGCUUUUGAAUAAACUAAUUUGAUUCUACCGCUCGCUUGUGCGCGCCUCCGAGACCCGAAUCUUCUGGCUUUGUGGAUGGCUUCCUCCGAGGUAGACCAGAAGGCUUUGGGCAAUUUUGCGGCCUUAACCAGCCUCGAAAACCCCUUCCUGUCCGCAAUGCUCUAUAGAGUUCUAGGCCUUUCUGUCAUGCUUUCGAAGAAGCUACUUCGUGCACGACGACUACGGCGACUGGAUCCUAGCCGAGAAACUAAGUCACUUCAAUUAUAUCAUCAUAUUUUAUGGCUCUCCCGUGAAGGACUACUGAUUUUGGAAGAGUUCGUUCUCCCGAUGGUUGAGGGAUAUGUGGAGCUGAAGAUCCUAGCCUAUAAACUUCGAGCAUCCUUUUACCACAUAUUUGUACUCUUUCACAAUCAGCCCGCAGUUCAUUGUCCGGGGAUCACCAGUUUUCCGAGCAAUGGUACCAAACCAAACGACACACCCAAGGCCGAAUCACCAACUAAAGAACCGGGGUCGAGAUUCUCAUUUAGAUCGAACGCAGAAUCAAUAACAGUCCCUGAACAGCCAGCUUACAGCUCGGGGAACGUCUCUCGGUACACUGCUAUCCAAGUUCCUCCUGGACUCGCACCCGUUCAACCGCCCAAGGCGUCGUGCUUUCUUCUGCCUGCUCUCGAUUACACCCCUACGGCGACGGCAUGCUUCAAUCAUGCAGCUCUCUUGGCUGAACGAUUUCUUCCUGGCUCUCACCCUUUACGUCUGUCUAUUAAGCUUGAAUAUGCGGCGUAUCUUUACGAUUGUCUCCAUGAUUCCAAUGCUUGUCGGCGAGUGGCCAAACAAGCUAUAGCAGAUGUUUAUAAAGCUCAAGAGGCCAUGGAUGAUGAAAGCUUCGCGGAUGCCGCUGAGAUCGUUGGAAUUUUGGGAAAGAUGGUUAAGCGUGGGGGCAAGACUAGCAGCACUGAAGGUAGCAGCACGGCCUCUGCGACUCUUCGAGAUGGUAGCUCGAAAAGUGAAAUUGGCGAUACACCGGCAACAGUCACGCCAGUGCCACCGGUAACAGAACCACCAAAGACUAGCAAUGACUUGCCUCCGGCCGUUCCUGACCCUACCAUGAUGAACCCAAUCUAAUACCACUACAAACACGAGUGCUGAUGAUUAAUUGUGACUAUUGUCGCUACGAUUGUACAUGAUGACCAGACGCGCUGCAGUGUGGGUGUUUGAAAUUAUUCAAAGAUCUCCCUCCGUUGUGGCACUGGCCUUGUCUUUUGUCUUUUUACUUUGUUUAUAGCGA